GUUCGAAGAUUCGCCUUGGUAAACCUUGUUCCCUGUUCCUUGUUCGGAGUUCCCUGGCGGGGCAUUGCAUUUCAUGAUUUCUUCUUCCUUUCGCUCCCUCUUAACAAUCCUCCCCUAAUGAAUUACCCUCUUGCCUUGGUCCUCUUGGUCCUCCAAAGAACCAUUGACCCCGGAGCGGCCCGUGUGCGACCUCGGGUAGGGCGGGCUUGGCUGCGCCGAGUGUGGCCCUGGACCCAACUGGGAGAGUCCGAGGGAGUUUGGGGUCUCGGAGUCUCACAGUGGGGAGGAGUGCAUAUCACCGAACGCGUCUCGUGGAGGGCAGCUGGGUCUGGAGGUUUCGCGGUAGUUUGCCGCUAUGUGUGUGAAGGCGGGGAAAGUGCCAUGAAAUGUGGUAACAGAACACCGCAGUUAGAUGUGUAGAAUCCCAAGUUGUUCUAGAACUGGAGUGGCGAUUUACUGAAGUAAUCUAACUGGACUCUUCACAUCCACUUUUCUCGAUUUUUCUCCACUCUGCAGUCAGCACAAUCUUUUAGCAUCCUGAAUUUGAUCCACUCACCUCCCGCUUAAAACUGUUUUAAAUUUAAGAAGAGAGUGCCCAAUAGCCUGUCCGAUUCUACUGUGGAAGCAAAAGUGGAGGAAGUGAAGCGGGGGUAAGCUGGCAAGAUGAGCCAUGUUGGAACAAAACGUGCCUAGGAGACAUAUGGAAAGUUUUAUGGAAGUACUUGUCUGGCUGUGGUAGAUGCUGGAAAUUAAUUGGUGAACAAGAUGAAGUCUGGUCUUAGACGUGGAGAAAGUACAAGAAGGGGGAAGAGCCAUGGAACAUGUGAAAGGGGAUGAUUCUAUGCUACUUAAUGGGGAGUCUGGGAAGGCCUCUAUGAGGAAAUGUCAUUUCAGACUUGAAGGAUGAUUAGGAGAAGGGGGUUUGGGCUUAGCUGUAGGGGCAGAAGGAACAGCAUGUGCAAAGCCUUGGGAAGCAGGGAAAGCACAUGUGGCUCAUGGAAUUGAGAAUAUGCUGGUGUGGCUGGAUAUGAGGCUGACAGGGUAGACAGAGGGCAGAGGGUGCCUUCUUUUCAACUUUGUUUCUCUAGCUCCGUGCCUGAUGCACAGUAGUCCUUAAAUGUUUAUAUGAUUAAAAUACACGUGGGUCUGGACUGGAGUAGGGAGGUGAGUCUGGGAUCUGACUCAUGGACUAUGGAGAUCAAAGGAAGAAACAAAGGUCCUAGGAGGUCCCACACUCAGCAGUCUCCAGAGACCAGCCAUACUCCUUCCCUAAUAACGUCAGCUGCUAUUCGGCUUCAGCUUAUUGUUUCCAUGUGGGAAUAUGGGCUCACUUUUUCCUCAGAUAUUUCCAAUUUUGCAAGAGGAGCUGGAAGUUGAAAUUUAUGUGAACUCUUACAAUUUUUAAAUGUUGACAACUAAUUCAGAAAAUUUUUGAAACAUUCUUUGGGUGAAACAAUGCGUGGGGGGCUGCCAGUUUGAGAACUCUUACCUAAGACCUGUAGAGUUUCAGUAAGGAGAUUCAGCAUGAGUGGGAAGUGAUGGAGGAGAGAAGGUAGUGGUCAGGAAGGAGGCUUUUAGAAUGCGGAGAUUUUGAACAAGGUGGCACAGCUUGAUUUCAUUCCUGAGCUCUAGUUUCAUUUGUUCAGCUACCUGCUGGGCAUAUUCAGAGGAAUAUCCUGUGGUAUUUCCUCAAAGACACUUCUAAAAGUGAUUCCUCAUUUCUUCCAUAUCUGCUCCUCGUCAGGGGUCACCUGUUUCUCAUGGCAGUACUUUUCCUAGCUACGCUGGCUCAAAACAGAGAGCUAUUUAAGAUUUUUCCUACUCUCGCAUUCUGUAUCCAAUAUAUUUUGUUGGGUCCUUUUGAUUUUUUUUUCUGUAAUAACUUUCAUUCAUUCUGUUCUUGCAAUUUUUUUGCCUUCUUAGUUUAGAUUUUAUACCCCCGAUAUUCCACACUGCCUCCACCUUCACUCACUUGAGUCCAUUCCUCAUAUUGGUAUAAGAGUCAUUUUUCUAAAUAGGGGAUUUAUUAUGACUGCCAGUACUUAAUUGAACUCUUAUGCCAGCCCUGAAAGCAGAACACUUUGCAUUAAUUAUCUCACUGUGUUCAUACAUUAACUGUGUGAGCAGGGCACCGUUAAUCACUUUUUUUUUUUUUUUUUGAGGGUCAUGUCCUGUCACCUAGGCUGGUGUGCAGUGGCUCAAUCAUGGCUCAUUGCAGCCUUGACCUCCUGGCUCAAUUGAUCCACCUCAGCUGGUACUACAGGUGCAUGGCACCAUACCUGGCUAAGUUUUAAAAUUUUUGUAGAGAUGGGGUCUUACUAUGUUUCCUAGGCUUGUCUUCAACUUCUGGGCCCAGCCAGUCCCCCCACCUCGGCCUCCCAAAGUGUUGCAAUUACAGGUAUUAGCCACUGCACUUGGCUUAAUCACUUUUUAUAUAUGAAGAAAAUGAGUCUGAGAAUUUUCUGGGGUCAGGGGGUCUAAGAAAUACUGGAACUGAGAUUUAAACCCCAAAACUGUUGGAUUGUAAAGUCCUCAUAACACUCCCUUACUGUAGUCUUCACAGCUCCCUAGGGUGUUUUAGGCAAAGGAAACAGGCUGAGCAAUAAGUGGCACAGGGACCUCUCCAUGCAGGAUGAGCAUUGGCAGGAUAUGUAAUAGGGACUUUUGCUGCAUAGUAGAGUCACCUAAAGAGCUUUAAAAAUUUGUGUGAUGCCUAAUCUGGCCGCCCCAGACCACCUGAGACAAAACCUUUAGGAGUGGGGCCCAGGGUCAGUAUUCUUAAAACCUUCCCUAGAUGAUUCUGCCUUACAACCAGGCUUGAGAACUAUUAGUCUGGGGCAUGGCAUGUAUGGGGCAGGGAAGGAGAAUACAAUAGUAGGAAAUAAUCCUGGAAACAGGUUAUGUUGACAUUUUUCUGCUGUUCUUUGUUGAGUGUUUCUGAAGCCGUAUGUUGUGUUCUGACAACUGUUGAGGAUGUAAAACAACAAAAAACGAAAACUGGGUUCAAGUACAAUGUAUAGACCAAACCGAAAAGGAGAGAAAAGUGUGUCCAAUAGUAUGCUGUGGUACUACUAUGGUGUUGAGCCCAGGCACUUGCCGGGCAUCCUUAAGCCCUGGGGUAGCAGGAAGGCUCUAGGUUCACAGAUUUGGAUCUAGUAUAUUUGAAGUUGGAGUUUGUUGCUAAAGAUGGCAGACCCAGAUGUCCUCACUGAAGUUCCAGCAGCAUUGAAGCGGUUAGCCAAGUAUGUGAUCCGGGGAUUUUAUGGCAUUGAGCAUGCCUUGGCCUUGGACAUCUUGAUCAGGAACCCCUGUGUGAAAGAGGAGGAUAUGCUGGAGCUGCUCAAGUUUGAUCGGAAGCAACUUCGAUCAGUUUUGAAUAAUUUAAAGGGAGACAAGUUUAUCAAAUGCAGAAUGAGGGUAGAGACUGCUGCAGACGGGAAAACCACCCGCCAUAACUACUACUUCAUCAAUUAUCGUACUCUUGUUAAUGUGGUAAAAUAUAAACUGGACCACAUGAGAAGGAGGAUUGAGACCGAUGAGAGAGAUUCGACCAACCGGGCUUCCUUCAAAUGUCCUGUCUGUAGUAGUACUUUCACAGACUUAGAAGCUAAUCAACUCUUUGAUCCUAUGACAGGAACUUUCCGCUGUACUUUUUGCCAUACAGAGGUAGAAGAGGAUGAAUCAGCAAUGCCCAAAAAAGAUGCACGCACACUUUUGGCAAGGUUUAAUGAACAAAUUGAGCCCAUUUAUGCACUGCUUCGGGAGACAGAGGAUGUGAACUUGGCCUAUGAAAUACUUGAGCCAGAACCCACAGAAAUCCCAGCCCUGAAACAGAGCAAGGACCAUGCAGCAACUACUGCUGGAGCUGCUAGCCUAGCAGGUGGGCACCACCGGGAAGCAUGGGCCACCAAAGGUCCUUCCUAUGAAGACUUAUACACUCAGAAUGUUGUCAUUAACAUGGAUGACCAAGAAGAUCUUCAUCGAGCCUCACUGGAAGGGAAAUCUGCCAAAGAGAGGCCCAUUUGGUUGAGAGAAAGCACUGUCCAAGGGGCAUAUAGUUCUGAAGAUAUGAAAGAAGGGGGCGUAGAUAUGGACGCAUUUCAGGAGCGUGAGGAAGGCCGUGCUGGGCCUGAUGACAACGAAGAGGUCAUGCGAGCACUGCUCAUUCAUGAGAAAAAGACUUCCUCUGCCAUGGCUGGUUCAGUGGGAGCAGCUGCUCCAGUGACCACUGCCAAUGGCAGUGACUCGGAAAGCGAGACCAGUGAGUCAGAUGAUGAUUCUCCACCCCGUCCGGCAGCUGUGGCUAUGCAUAAACAAGAAGAGGAUGAAGAGGAAGAUGACGAGUUUGAAGAAGUAGCAGAUGACCCAAUUGUCAUGGUGGCAGGCCGUCCGUUCUCCUACAGUGAAGUGAGCCAACGGCCAGAGCUAGUGGCCCAGAUGACACCAGAAGAAAAGGAAGCAUAUAUAGCAAUGGGACAACGCAUGUUUGAGGACCUCUUUGAGUGAGCUUUCCCUACUUCUUUCUCCUUUCUCUAAUGCUCAGUUCAAAAAGAAAUGUCUCAUUUUUGAAGAAAAGUAUUUAAGUGGCUUUCUGCCCCUCUUGAUGUAAACAACUGUCGAUCCUUGUGCAAAGAAUGGUGGUAGAGAGUUUGACUUUUAUGCCAGAAACUUUCCCAGCAAGGUAGGGUGCUGGGAAUCCUACCCUUCCUUGCUGUCACUACAGUAUUUAUAUUUUACUGUAUUUUCUUUUUUUUUUUUUUUUUUUUUUUUGAGACAAAGUCUCACUCUUGUCCGCCAGGCUGCAGUGCAAUGGUGCGAUCUCGGCUCACUGCAACCUCUGCCUCCCGGGUUCAAGUGAUUCUUCUGCCUCAGCCUCUUGAGUAGCUGGGAUUACAGGCGCCCGCCACCACGCCUGGCUAAUUUUUUGUAUUUUUAGUAGAGACAGGGUUUCCCUGUGUUAGCCAGGAUGAUCUCGAUCUCCUGACCUCGUGAUCCACCCGCCUCGGCCUCCCAAAGUGCUGUAUUUUCUUAUCUAAUUUUUUUCUUGCCUUAUUAAGACAUAAUUUUCUCCCUUCUGAAAUGAGUGAGGGAAGUUCAUAAGGUAAAUCCUUCCCAUCCAUCUCUUUACUACAAUGGGUUACAAUAAUUCACUGAUCACAUCCAUUUUAUCUGUUCUAGCCAGGCAUUCCAAAUAAUUUCUUAUAAUGCUGCCCACCAACGCAGCUUGCCAACAGUCAAAUCAUUGAUUGGGGGAAAAAUCCUGAAACUUGCUUAGAAUUUGAGGAUUUCCUCAAAAUUAAGAUGGGGCAAUAUGUAAGGGGAGGUGGGAGUGUGUGUGGAAGGGGGAUAGAUAUACUUGAGUCUCAUGAUUAAUGUCUAAACCAGAAUUUGUGUCUUUAGAACUGACCAGACUGGUAGAUUUUAUUGUAUUGCUUAAUGUCUUUUGGUUUGGAUUUAGGAUGAUAGAAAACAGAAAGUAUAAUUGGUAAACCCUUAGGAAGAAAUUAGAAAAACAUGGACAUAAGACAAGAAGUCUGUGUAAAGGGUUGAAGAGUGACAAGCAUUGGGAAUAGUGCCUUAGAACUGUGUCAGUUAGUCUGAUUUGGAAAUCCUUUAUAUAAAGCUGAGACUGGUUCUGGUUUUGUUCCCUUUGGGUACAGACCUCUUGUCAGUGCUAUAAAUUGUUUAAUGAGGCCAUUCCAGCAGAAAUAACAGAAUAAUUGAUUACUCUUCUCUCUCUCUGUCACUCUCCCUCUUUCUAAACAUCAUUGAAGGCUGUCUCUCUUUUAAUUCUUGUCAGACAUGGUAUUUUAGGGUGAAUCCAGUAUACCAUUGAGCAUUGUAACCUCAAGAAACAGUUUAUUUUGGGUUCUGAUAUGUAGCAUGGUAUUUUCCCUAAGGCAGAACUUUAAAAAUAAAGAACUUUCACACAAGGGUCUAUAACAAUUGUAUAUCUUACAAUAUUUUUCGUUGCAUUGUAAUUUUUAAGUAUUUAUCAUUUUAUAGUACACGUGUAAAGAAUAUAUGAGCCUUGUAUGGAGUGAUGUUUCAUUUACCUGGGUUGUAUUAAUGACUGAAUGUUGACAAUGAAUCUGUUUUAUACUGACUGAAGUUUGUUCAUUUUAAGCUCUGUAACAUCUUGGGGCAUAUUAAAAUGAAUAUUCUUCCCAUUAAAAAAAGGACUUUUUUAUUAGUCAUAUUUCAAAUAAUAGAUGCAUCAUAUGGGAUCUAAACUUUUUGUGCAAUAAGAUGCCUUGUACCUUGUAUACGUAAAGUAUUCAACUUUUACACUUGAUCUUAGCCAAAAGGCCAAGAAGCAAUGGUAUUCAGCUUUUAAACAUUGUUUUUUAAACUUUUAUAGUUCUAGAAGUUAAUUUAAAUAAAAUGGUAAUCAGAUGUUAAUUUUUAAAA